AAUUAACAGAUUCCGAUUAUCCUCGUUCACAACCCAAGAUAGAUCAGUUUGCAAUAUGCCCGUUAUAAAAGUGAACGUAAAAUGGGGAGGCAAAAAAUUGGAAAACAUUGAAUUGGAUACCGACCAACCAGGGAUCGUGUUCAAAACACAACUCUACACUGUCACAGGUGUGCCUCCGGAGCGUCAAAAAAUCAUGGCAAAAGGAGGAAUGCUGAAGGAUGACGCUGAUAUGAACAGCCUUGGCUGGAAAGAAGGCCAGCAAAUCAUGAUGAUGGGAACCGCAGGUGAACUGCCCAAGGCCCCCGAAAAGCAGACUAUGUUCGUAGAGGACAUGACGGACGCACAGAUCGCACAGGCGCUGAAACUUCCGGCCGGGUUGGUCAAUAUGGGAAAUACGUGCUACAUGAACGCUACACUUCAAUGUCUGCGUGCGAUUCCCGAGCUCCAGAGUGCGUUGGUCAAGAUGCCAUCGGCUAUUGGUGUUGAUGGCCGGGAGAACUUGGCCUUAUCUAUGCGAACACUCUUUGAAGAAUUGGAAAAGUCUGGCGACUCUGUUCCGCCACUCGUAUUCUUGCAGGUGCUUCGAUCAGUUUUCCCGCAAUUUAGUGAGAUGGACCGCGGAGGCUACAUGCAGCAAGAUGCAGAGGAAUGUUGGGGACAAAUUGUUCACGCGCUUGGUGCAAAAGUGCCUGGACUCACCCGGGAAGGGGAGUUAAAUACGGACAAGCACUUUGUAGAUCAGUAUAUGACGGGAGAACUCCUUUCUAUGUUGAGUUGUGAUGAAGCGCCGGAGGAAGGAAGCACAACGUCCGUCGACACGUUCAACAAGCUUCGAGUUAACAUCGGUUCUGGAGUGUCAACAUAUAUGCUUACAGAUAUUGCGAAGGGCCUUGAGGAAAAGAUUGAAAAGAACUCGCCCACGCUCAAUCGGUCAGCUGUAUAUACGAAAAAGUCCAAAAUUUCUCGGUUGCCAGCAUACCUGGCAAUAAACUUCGUCAGAUUCCAGUGGAAACCAGAAACCCGCACCAAGGCCAAGAUUCUAAAGAAAGUGAAGUUUCCAUUUGACCUGGACAUGUCGGAGUUUUGCACACCGGAGCUACAGGAAAAAUUGCGACCUGCAAAACUGAGGCUAAAGGAUGUUGAGGAGAAGAAGGCGGCAGAGCGGAAAGCCAAAAAGGUGAAGCUUGAUGAAGGUCCUGUUGUAGCGGGCGGGUCAGACACAAUGGAGACCGCCCCACCAGCCCAAACCGACGUGGACCAAAAAAAUGUAGCCUCCAACCUGGACCAGCUAGAGAAAAUGAAGGAGAUUGGUGUGGAUCCGAGUCUUUACAACGACAUCGGAGCGAACGUCUCUGGACAAUAUGACCUUGUCGCAGUCCUGACACAUAUUGGACGAGCGGCUGAUUCGGGACACUAUAUUGGAUGGGUGAAGCAUGGCGAAGAUCAGUGGUGGAAAUUUGAUGACGACAAAGUUUCCCAAAUUAAACCGGAGGACGUUGAAAAGCUCGAAGGGGGCGGAGAUUGGCAUACAGCGUACAUUGCCCUUUACCGGACCAAGAAGAUUGAAUAGAUGACGCAUGUAAAAUAUAACAAUUGCCAGCACAGCAUCUAUACUUCAGACGAUUCGACGGCUAGAGCCGGCAUAAUCCCAGACCUUUCCAUAUCUAUUGCCCAUAAUGCGGACCCCACAAUAUUCGUAAACAUGAAGAGCAUCCCAAUUAUGGGUACCAUUUCUAGC